CAUGGACAUUGACAUCCAAACAUCACUGUCUGGGGCUCCCGAAGAUUGCCUUUUAUUCAGAAUUUUGGAACAUUUUCAUCAAAUAAAAAAUUUAAAUCACUAUCUGGGUGUCAACAGAUGAAGCAGGGAGGGAUGACACACUAGAGUUCCAUAAGGCGAAAAACCUUAAGUGGCAGAAAAAGAAAAACAUUCCACCUGUGCCACAAUGGAAAGGCUCCCUCCCGGAGCCAUCUGGAGUAUCAGAACCAGUGGAUUACUUCCGCCACCUUUUCCACAGAGAAAUAAUGGAAGAAGUUGUCAGGCAAACUAAUCUCUAUGCAUUGCAGCGUGAUGUCACCAGACCCCUCAAUGUUACUGUUGCAGAAAUGGAGCAGUUCAUUGGAGUGUGCUUCCACAUGUCUAUCCAUGUCUUGCCAAAAACCAGGUUGUACUGGAACCCACAAACAAGGGUGGAGAUGGUUGCAAGCACCAUGAGUUUAAAUAGAUGGGAAAAUAUCAAGAGACAUCUCCACUUUGCUGACAACAACAACCAGGUACCAGGGGGCGAUAAGCUGUUCAAAGUGAGACCUCUCCUCAACUUCCUCAAUGACAGCUACAGGAGCAUACCCAUGGAUGAAAUGCUCUGUGUUGAUGAGCAGAUGGUGCCGUUCAAGGGGAAGAGCCAACUGAAGCAGUACAUACCUAUGAAGCCAAAGCGCUGGGGCUACAAGAUCAACAUGGCAUUGUGUACAACUUUGAUGUGUACACAGGGUCCAUUCAACCCUGUCAUGGAUUCCCUGACAUUGGUGCGAGCGGAAACAUUGUGCUGAAGUUGGCCUCAGUUAUCCCCACCAACAUUUCACACAAGUUGUUUUUUGACAACUGGUUCUGCAGUGUGGACCUGCAGAUACUCCUGGAGAAGGAAAAGAUCCAUAGUGUCGGAACUGUGAGACAGGGCCGUCUUGCAGGCUGCACAUUUAUGGAUGAUCGUGCCAUGAAAGCAAAAGGACGGGGAACACAUGAAGAGAAGAUGACCACUCACAAUGGUGUGAACCUCUGGGCUGUCAAAUGGUUUGACAACCGUCCUGUGACCCUCCUAAGCACAUUCGUAGCAGCAAACCCCACCACACAAGUCCUAAGAUGGGACAAAAAAAAAAAAGAGGUGGUCCGUGUCUCACGCCCUAAUGUAGUAGCAGUCUACAACAAGAGCAUGGGGGGAGUGGAUCUUUUGGAUUCUUUGAUCGCCCUCUAUCGCACCAAGAUCCGGUCCAAGAAAUGGUACCACCGCAUUGUAUUCCACAUGCUUGACAUGACCCUGGUAGAGGCGUGGCUGCUUCACAGAAGAGACUGCCAGUCCCAGAUGCCAGAGAUUGCCCAUCUCCCACUGUUGGACUUCAAAAUCCAAGUGGCCUCAUGCUUGUGCAUGGAGAACAAGGUGAGCAACAAGAGGAAGGGGAGACCUUCACAAGCUGUUGUUGUGGGGAAAAAUAAAAGAGGGCCGCAAAGCUUUGUCCCGCCAGAUCCUGUCCGCAGAGACCGCACCGACCACUGGCCCUUGCAUGCAUCUGAGAAGGGCAGAUGCAAAAUGCCAGGAUGCAAGGGCAUUGUGAGAAGCAAGUGCUCCAAGUGUGCAGUUUUCCUUUGCUUCACUGCAGAGAGGAACUGCUUUGUUGACUUUCACAAGGCAUGAAGAGAAUGAAAUGAAAUGAAACAGCAAGAAAUGACUGAAUGAAAUGAAAUGAAUGAAUGAUGUAUUUCAGUGAGACAGGUUCCAGGUUCCGGGUUAUUAUUACCAGACAUUUCAGAUAACUGUUGAAAUUAUAUAAUGUUAUUAAUGUAUAAAUGUUUGUUUAAACAUUUCACUAAGUAUGAGAUGGAUUUGUUGAGUCUUGUUUUAAAUAAAAUGAGUUUUUUGGUAAAUAAUGUUGAUUUUAUGGUACUUUCCACGAUUGCAUAUUGUUGCCAUAGGGCAACAAUUUACCAACGACCCCCCUUUAAACUUUUUUUAAGAUUUUUUUUUAAUAUAUCUGUUAUUUAGCUCAUUUUAAGUAAUAAAAACAUGCAAAACAUUUUUUACCAUGUCAGAGUAAUAUUUCAUGCAAUAGAGGGUUAAUCAACUUAAUUUUUAAUGCUCUUUAUUGAGCAAUGUGAAAACCAUAUGAAUAAUUAGACAGAUAUGAAUUACUACA